AUGUUUGUGAGAAGAUACUGGUCAGUUGGGUCGUGGUCAAAGGAUCAGAAGCGGUUUAUGACCACCAGUAAGCGGGUGCAAGACAGAAGCAAAUUGAAGAGGGUUCAUGAUCUUGAGAUUGUCACUGAGAAAUGGAAGAUAGCAUCCAAAGUGCUCUUCUUGAUGGAAAUUCUUAAAAAAGAGCCUGAAAUGAUCAUUCCCGUUAGGUCAUUGGAUCAGUACCGCAGCCAGAUUAGUCUCCCAAAACCUCAUCGAGUGUCUGAUUUUAUUCGGAAAUCGCCGAAAUUGUUUGAACUGUACAAGGAUCACAGAAGGGUUUUAUGGUGUGGGAUGACCAAGAAAGCUGAGGACUUGGUAGAAGAGGAGGAUAGGAUACUUGAGGAACAUCAAGAUAAGGCUGCUGAGUAUGUCACUCGUUUUCUGAUGAUGUCUGUUGAUAAAAGGCUUGCUUUGGACAAGAUUGUCCAUUUUAGGAGGGACUUUGCUCUGCCAGUUGAUUUUAGGACUGGUUGGGUGCACAAAUAUCCCCAACACUUUAAGCUGGUUAAAGAUGAGGAGGGGCUUGAGUAUUUGGAACUUGUUAAUUGGAACCCUGCUUGGGCUAUAACAGAGUUGGAGAAGAAGACAAUGGGGAUUACCGAGGCCAGUGAGGAUCAUACGCCGGGCUUACUUUCGAUCUCUUUUCCUUUGAAGUUCCCUCCCAAUUACAAAAAGGCAUACAAGUAUAGAGGAGCAAUUGAUCAUUUUCAGAAAAGGUCUUAUUUAUCUCCAUAUGCAGACGCUAGGGGACUCAAAGCUGGGUCUAAAGAAUUUGACAAGAGGGCAGUGGCUAUUAUGCAUGAGCUGCUUAGCUUUACUGUUGAGAAGAGAUUGGUGACUGAUCACCUCACUCACUUUCGACACGAACUUGUGAUGCCCCAAAAGCUUAUGAGACUUCUUCUGAAGCAUUUCGGCAUCUUUUAUGUUUCGGAGAGGGGGGAAGAGAUUUAG